AUGGAACAAAACAAUGAAACAGAUGAUGGGUAUCUUGUCUUGCUUGGAUUCUCAGACCAGCCCCGAGUGGAGUUCAUCCUUUUUGUGGUGGUUUUGGUCGCCUACCUUCUGACGAUUGUUGGGAACUCAGCCAUCAUCCUAGUCUCCAUCCUGGACGCAAAACUCCAGACACCCAUGUAUUUCUUCCUCAAAAAUCUCUCCUUUCUUGACCUUUGCUUCCCCACUUGCACUGUCCCUCAGUUAUUGUGGAAUUUGAAGGGACCGGCUAAGACCAUCACCUGGACUGGCUGCUCCAUCCAACUCUACGUGGGCCUGUCCCUGGGUUCCACGGAAUGUGUCCUCCUCACUAUCAUGGCAUUUGAUCGCUAUGUAGCUGUGUGCAAACCUCUCAAUUACACAACCAUCAUGCACCCCUCCUUCUGCAAGGCCCUAGCAGGAGUGGCAUGGGUGAGUGGAAUUGGAAAUAGUCUUAUCCAAGGAACGAUCACGCUCCGACUUCCUCGAUGUGGGCGCCGCCGUCUGGAUCACUUCAUAUGUGAAGUGCCUGCCAUAGUCAAGUUGUCAUGUGUUGACACACAUGCAAAUGAGGUUCAGCUUUUUGUGGCCACACUAGUUCUCAUCCUUAUUCCUAUGUCACUGAUACUGCUCUCCUAUGGCCUCAUUGUGCAAGCAGUGGUAAAACUUAAGUCAGCCCAAGCUUGGCGCAAGGCUCUUGGGACCUGUGGCUCUCAUCUGAUAGUGGUGUCCUUCUUCUUUGGGACCAGUUCGGUCAUAUACAUCAAACCACAGAAGUACUACGGCUAUGUCGACGGAAAGUUCCUUACACUCUUCUAUGCAGUUUUUACUCCCACACUCAAUCCCCUCAUAUAUACUCUCAGGAAUAAGGAUGUGAAGGGAGCUCUGAGGAGAUUGUAUUCCAGGGGUCAUGGAUUUCCUCAAAGGCAGUGUCCACCCAGACUUUAUCGUGGUGACCUUCUCCGACCAGCAUCACUUGGAAAAAAUCCUCUUUUUGUGUUAGAGCUGGCGUCCUACCUCACUCUGCUGGGGAACACGCUCAUCAUUCUGGUCUCUUCCAUAGACCCCAAACUCCACCCCCCUCCCAUGUACUCUUCCUCAGUCAGCUUUCCCUGGUUGUUAUUUGCUUUACCACCAGCUUUGGCCCCCAGCUUCUGUGGAACCCGAGAGGUGGCAAGGUCAUUGUUGUCCCUGGUUGCACUGUCCAGCUCCACGCGACCCUGGGUUGGGCACCACCUAGUGUGUCCUCUGGCCUAUGAUGGCUUUUGGUCGCUAUGCGGCUCUGCAGGUGUUUCUUGGAUGUAUGGCCCAGGGUGGGAAAUGUGCUCAUCCAGAAUAACACCGGCCUCUUGA